AUGCAGAACGUGUACCACACCAGAAACUCACAACCUUCACAGAAUCUGUCGCGCAAGGAGCUCAUCAAGUGGGUGAAUGAAACCCUCAACAUUGAGAUCAAGCAGCUGGAGGCUUUGGGUUCCGGUGCAGAGUACUGUCAGUUAUUUAACCAACUGCGCCCGGGUAUCAUCAACCUGAAGAAGGUGAAAUAUGGUUCACGGCUACAGUCGGACUACCAGUCGAACUUAAUUUUGCUGCAGCACGCGCUGCAGAAGGUGGGCGUGGAAAAGGACAUCCAGAUAGGCAGAAUGAGUGUGGGUGGCCGUCGGGAGAAUUUGGACUUUGCACAGUGGUUCAAAAAGUUGUACGAUCGAAAUAUACAGCUGCAGGAUGCAGUCUUCGAGAAUGUCUCGGAACCGAGCAAAAAAUCGUCCAGUAGUACGAUUGUUCCCUCGCCCAUCCAUAACCAGAGAUGGGCACUUUCCUCAUCGAUCCGCAGUCAGAGUUCGGUAGUUCCCUCGACAAUCCACAAUCGGAAAUCAAUGUUCCUCCUGCCCCGAAAUCAUCAACGUAGCUUCGUUUGCGUGUGUGGAUUCGAUAACUAA